UAGUUUUCUUUUUAAGUUAAAAAAUACAUUAUUUUUUUCUGCAUAGAAUAUGGAUUUUGCCAUGAGAAGAUGGUUCUGCCUACCACUGGGGUGCAUGGUGCUGAUCCAUCUGAUUAAUGCAGAUUUUGAAUUUCAAAAGGGAGUGCUUGCCAGCAUCAGCCCAGGGAUCACGGAAGACAUUGACCACCAGUGCUGGGACGCUUGCUCUUUGAUGCUGAUAGAUCUCAAGGAACUCAAGAUAGAGCAUGAUGUGGAUGCUUUCUGGAAUUUCAUGUUGUUCUUACAAAAAUCCCAGUGGCCGAGACAGUAUAAUGUCUUCUUAAGCAUAGCUCAGGAUUUCUGGAACAUGUAUGUAGACUGCUUACUUUCCAGAUCUCAUGGGAUGGGCAGAAGACGGGCGAUGCCUCCCAAGUAUGAAUUUCCACAGAAGAUAACAGGAGGACUGGAUUUUACAAAGCGUGACUUUUACAUCUAAGAGAGAACACAGAAAAUAUUUCAAGCAAGAUGACACCAACCUGAAUGAUUAACUGUCAGUAUUUAUGAGGUCAACUAUUUCCUGUAGUAUUUAUUAAAAUUGUUAUUUCCAAUUUUUCAAUAUUGACAAAGAUUGUAUUUUUGUUGAUGUGUAAUUGCUUUGUGGCUAUUGAGUAAUCAUUUCCAUCUUUUCAGAUAAUUUGUUAAUAAUUUUUUACUUAGAAGACAUCUUUGUAAAGCAGCUUCAAAGAAAACUCUACUUAAAAUGCAAAUGUAACACAUUUUUUAAAGAACAGUCAAUGUAGUAUAAUUGUAACCCAUUUUAUGAGGUAUGUCAUAUAUCAUAUUGACUUUAAAAUUGUGCCAAGACCAAUCAAUGCCAGUACUGUCCUAAAAAUAUUUAAUUUGAUGCAGUGUUCUGUGUGGCUUCUGAUAUGUGCAUUUCAUCACUAAGACAUCUUAUAUAUUAAAGUAUUUUUCUAUGCAUUAAGGACUAAUUUUUUUUAAUUUUCUCAUUUUUACUAUCUUCAUUUUUUAA